AUGGGCUGCGAUAUCAAGAAUCCGGUGGUCCAGGACCAGGCUGAGGCCGCACUCCCCUUACCACCAUCAGGAGGAGUGGCCGAGCCAGAUACAGAGACAGACACGGAAGUGAAGCAGGAAAAAGACAGAGGGAAUGUUGAUACGGAAACGUAUCCAGAGGGAGGCCUCAAGGCGUGGCUUAACAUGCUGGGAGCAUUCUGCGCCAUGGCCUGUACCUUUGGCUGGAUCAGUACGUUUGGAGUCUUCCAGGCAUACUACCAUACACAUCUGCUCAAAGAAAACACCCAUUCCCAGAUAGCCUGGAUAGGUGGAUUGCAGGCCUUUUUUAUCUGCACCACGGGACUAAUAUCAGGUCCACUGGUUGAUAGAUACGGUCUCAAACCUAUACUGGUCCCCUUCUCGCUCCUGGCUCUUCUUUCUGUGAUGCUCACAUCCAUCUGCAAAGAAUACUACCAAUUCAUCCUCACGCAAGGCGUACUAGGCGGGUUUAGCGUGGGGAUGCUUUAUACUCCCUCAAUCUCGAUUAUGGGCCACUACUUCCACCGCCGACGCGAUUUAGCCAUCGCCGUAGCCUCGGCCGGCUCGCCCCUGGGUGGAGUAAUCUUCCCCAUCGCCCUGCUUCAGAUGCUGGAACACUCCCGUAUCGGGUUCGGCUGGGCCGUGCGGGGAGUCGGACUGAUAUUUCUGUUCUUCCUGUGCAUUGCAUGCGCUACACUGACGCCCCGAGUGACACCACGGCGAGGUCCUCACUUCCUCUCCGCCGCGUUCAAGGACCCCGUGUAUGUGUCGCAGCUGGUCGGCUACUGCUUGGUGUUCUGGGGCAUAUACACUCCCUUUUUCUUCCUGCCGUCGUUCGCCAUCCGGCAUAGCGUCAGCGUCGAUUGGGCCUUUUACAUCUUGCCCAUUUACAACACCGGUUCGUUUGUGGGGCGCAUCAUAUGCGGCCGUCUAACCACCAUCUGCGGUAGGUUUAACACCUUGCUAGCAGCCAUACUAGUCUCGGCCGUGUUAAUGUUUUGCUGGCUGGCCGCGACCUCGCUGGCGGGCAUAAUUGUGUUUGCGGUGGUAUUCGGCUUUUCGUCUGGUGCUAUUAUCGGCCUCUUCCCUGCUGCAGUGGCCGUUACUGCACCACAAGCAAACCAGAUUGGAACGUACCUGGGGAUGACGAUGGGGGUGCUCGGACUUUUCUGUUUGACCAGUUCACCCAUGAUGGGCGCCAUCGUGACUCGGUCUGGCGGCCGGUAUGACGAGGCGAUCAUUUUUAGUGCAGUCCUUAUUGUUGUGGGAGGGAGCUUGAUUGUGUUUGCUAGGGUGAAGCACUCCGGCUGGAAACUGGUUGCUUGA